CAAAACGCUGGAUGGGUAUCAGAAGAAGAAAUAUGUGUGCAAACUCCUCUUCAUAUUCCUGCUCGGUCAUGACAUUGAUUUUGGGCACAUGGAGGCAGUCAACUUACUCAGUGGAAACAGAUACACAGAAAAACAAAUAGGUUACCUGUUCAUCUCGGUGCUCGUGAGCGAGAACAACGAACUGAUGAAUCUGGUUAUUCAGACGAUAAAGAAGGACCUUCAAAGUAGGAAUGCAGUGUUUAUUAACCUGGCUCUCCAUUGUAUAGCCAACAUUGGCAGCCAAUCCAUGGCAGAAAAACUAGGCAAAGAUGUACCAAAUCUACUUGUAUCAGCUGACACCAUAGACCAAGUGAAGCAGAGCGCAUCACUUUGUUUACUCCGUCUCUACCGUACGUCUAGUGAAUCGAUACCCAGCGGGGAAUGGACAUCCAGAGUCAUACACCUUAUCAGUGAUUCACAUAUGGGCGUGGCGACGGCGGGAUCCAGUCUCAUCUAUGAUCUGUGCUUAAAGAAUCCAGAAGAUUACAAAGGCUGCAUUCAGUUAGCUGUCUCCAGGCUCAGUAGAAUUGUUACAUCAUCAUACACAGACCUUCAGGACUAUACAUAUUACUUUGUUCCCGCCCCCUGGUUGGCUGUCAAGCUCCUGAGAUUGCUACAGCUCUAUGGACCGCCAGAUGACCCAGCCCUCCGGGGUCGACUCACCGAGUGUCUGGAAACAAUACUCAACAAAGCACAGGAGCCACCAAAGUCCAAGAAAGUCCAGCAUUCCAACUCCAAGAAUGCCGUCCUGUUUGAGGCUAUUAACCUCAUCAUCCACCAUGACAGUGAGCCCUCCUUGCUGGUGAGAGCGUGUAAUCAACUAGGUCAGUUCCUACAACACAGAGAAACAAAUUUGAGGUAUCUUGCUCUUGAGAGUAUGUGUCUACUAGCUUCAUCUGAAUUCUCAAGAGAAGCAGUCAAGAAACAUCUAGACACAGUUGUCACGGCCCUCAAGACGGAGCGUGAUGUAAGUGUGCGCCAACGAGCCGUAGACCUGCUUUACGCCAUGUGUGAUAAAUCAAACGCAGACCAGAUCGUCGGGGAGAUGCUUAUAUAUCUAGAGAAGGCAGACUACUCCAUUAGGGAAGAAAUGGUACUGAAAGUGGCCAUUUUAGCCGAGAAAUACGCUAGUAACUACACGUGGUACGUGGAUACGAUUCUCAAUCUGAUCAGGAUUGCUGGUGAUUACGUCAGUGAAGAGGUGUGGUAUAGAGUCAUACAGAUCGUCAUCAACAGCGAAGAGGUACAGGGUUAUGCAGCAAAGACAGUCUUUGAGGCCCUUCAAGCUCCAGCAUGUCACGAAAACAUGGUCAAGGUUGGAGGUUACAUCCUGGGAGAAUUCGGAAACCUCAUCGCAGGUGAUAAAAGAUCCAGUCCACAAGUUCAGCUCAAUCUUCUUCAUUCCAAGUUUCACCUGUGUACUGCUCCAACCAGAGGGCUUCUCCUCUCAACAUAUGUCAAGUUUAUCAACCUCUUCCCAGAGAUCAAACCUAUCAUACAAGAUGUACUAAGAAAUGAUAAUCAACUACGCAACGCCGAUGCUGAGCUUCAACAGAGGGCGGUAGAGUAUCUUCAACUCAGUGUAUGUACUUCAGCGGACGUACUGGCGACAGUUUUAGAGGAGAUGCCGCCAUUUCCAGAGAGGGAAUCGUCAUUGCUUGCCAAGCUUAAAAAGAAGAAACCGUCAGCAGCCGGUCCAGGGACUGAAGAAAAGAAGAAAGGGGGAAUAGAACUCAACAGUAUAGGAGAGAGCAGUACGGAUUCAUUGGAGUCGGCAGCAUCCCAACCCAAACCCGUUAUAGCCAUGGCCAUGCCGACGGUAGCCGCGUCAGCGAGUACCGGGUCGGCAGACCUCCUCGGUCUGAUGGAGAGCCCCGCUGCGCCCCCUAUCGCUGCCCAGUCAUUCUUUGGUGAGACCCCUGCCGCUGCCCCUACCAAUAACGGUGGUCUUCUGGUGGAUGUCUUUGGGGCCCCUGCUGGAGGUGCCGCCUCCAUUGGAGGUGCAGCCCCUGUUGGAAACAACCUGGCUCCUGAUGCAGAGGAGAGCUUUAGGAAAUUUAUUUGCAAGAAUAAUGGUGUGCUUUACGAGAGCGAUCAGAUGCAGAUUGGUGUUAAAUCGGAGUACAGUUUAAACGCGGGCAGACUUUGUUUGUUCUACGGCAACAAGACGUCGUACCAGUUUGCUAACUUUGAAACUGCAAUCAAUAAACUACCGUCGUUAGAAGGAAAGCUCAAUAUCACUAUGGAUACUGUUCAACGAACUAUUGACGGUGGCGCUCAAGUCCAGCAAGUCAUUAACUUGGAAUGCCUCGAUGACUUUGAUGAGCCUCCAACGCUCAGCAUCAAAUACUCAUAUUUAGGAAGUCCGAGGACCCAAUCUGCUAAUAACGCCUUUGACAGUGUCGGUGGAUCCGUUCAGAGCAUGACCUUAAAGGUUCCCGUCAUGCUAUCAAAGUUCUUUCAGGCAACAAACAUGACAUCUCAAGACUUCUUUGGACGCUGGAAGCAACUCGGAAAUCCUGGACAAGAGUCACAGAAUAUUUUUGAGGGCCAAUUUCCAAUGGACACAUCUGUGAAUAGGACAAAGCUGAUGGGGACAGGUAUAGGACUUCUAGAUGGGGUGGAUCCAAACCCUGAAAACUUUGUAGGAGCAGGCAUCGUCCACACAAAGAGCCAACAAGUGGGAUGUCUGAUGCGCUUAGAACCAAAUCAACAAGCUAGGAUGUACAGACUAACAUUAAGGACAAGCAAACCUGUUGUAUCAAAGGUACUGUGUGACUUGUUCUCAACCCAGUUCUAGGCAGCUCUGUCCAGCCCAAACCAGUUAUAUCUGCUUCAAACCGGUUUUAGCUGGACAUCUUCAGAAAUAAGGUCAUUCCGAGUCAAGUUGUUUGUACUGCCUGUGAAUUUAUAUAUUGUUGCAUCGUCCGCAUCACCAAUAUUGAUUUAAUGUGUUCUGUGCAGAAUCUGGAUAUGACUGGUUCAACUUGCUUUAAACCAGUUUGAACUGGUUCUAACAAGCAUAAAACAACAUGAAAACAACACAGAACUUGUUUGAUUUACUGUGUAAAUUUGGAAGGUCUCCUAUUUUUAAAACAAAUUCAAAUAAAUGUAGUGGUUUCAAUUGUGUUUUUACACUGCAGUACACAGGUAUGCUUAAUAUUAGUAUCAUCAUUCCUACGUUGGCAUAAUAACAGCAAUAUUUGAUAUUCAGAAGAGAAACAGUGUGAAAAAGAAAUAACACAGGUGAAAUGUAGUAUUUGUUAGACUUACAAAUUUGUAUCCUUUAUAGAUUUAUAGGAUCCUGCUUGUGGCAAGAGCAAAAAACAACAACCCGGUUUAGAAUGUGAGUGAAGUUAAAAAUCCCAGAUAUUGACAGUGUGCAUGUUUAAAUUGAGAAGCAUUGUUCAAACUGUUGUCAGCUGAGAAGACCCUUUUCACAGCUAGAAUAUAGAAAAAAAACACAUGGAGUAUAUAUUGUAAAUAGGAAUUAAGAAAGGUUGGAUAUUGUGAUGUAACAUUUUAAAGAAAAAAAUAAUGAAAUAUGGACAAAAAAAUUAGAGGCAAAAGACAGAUUUAAUCAUUUUUGUACCCUAUCUUGUGUUUUUUGAUAAACUAUUAUACAUGUUGAUGUUAUGUAUGGUUUGUGUGUACGAUUAAAGUAAAACUUUAACCAUUUGAACUCAAUAUAAUAUUUAACCUACCCCAAAUCCCUCCUAAGAUUAAUGUUUUGCUAGAUGUAUCUUACUAGCGUAGCAAUAAGAAUGUUAUUAGAACCUUUCCAUUGAGAAAUGUAAUUCUAUUAUAAAUAUGAGAUUUAACAAUAGAGGGCGAUACAUCCCAUACAUUAUGUAGGCAAGCACAUGUGUAGAUGCUUAUCGAGUCAAGAUGAUUUGACAAGGGUUUAAAUCCCGCUUCAGUAGAAAAUAUAUAGCCAAGUAAAAUGAAACAACAGAUCUCAUGGAAUGUGAUGCUUCAGUCACAUUUCUUCUGUGUCGGCUGUAUGACGUGUUGAAAAUGGCCGUUUUACUCAAACCACCUAUAUUUAGCUGGUACAAAAAAGGUUAGAACGGCUGUUUUCUACUCGCCGUAGAGCAAAUGAGACUGAGAUAUUUAGGUUUGUGAAAUAUCAAACGAACUGUGUAGGUACCCUGAAAAUUAUUGCUUUCAUUUUCUCAACUGCACAGUCAUUAUUGGCAACAGGAAGUGCCUGGCCUAUCCAGCGUAUGGGAAAUGUCGCCCUCAUGUGUUAAAUAUUUUAUGUGCGGGAAGAGGGAGAACGUGAUUAAUAUUUUAAAAACUGUCUCCAGCCAUUACUUUGUAUUAUUUGCCUGCUUGGAAUGCGUAAAUGCUGAUUAGUAACUUAGCUGGUAAGCAACUAGAUGACCCAAUUACGUUACAGCCUUUCCUAAGGACCUGAUCAUGAGGAUUCAAUUUGAAUAAAUUAUCGUAGAUCGAACCCUGUAUAAAGAUCUCCAAAUGGAGGGGAGAAAAUUGGUCUUAUGAUCAGGGGGGCGUUUCAUGAAAGGACUUGUCGGACGUUUUAUCCGACAAGUCCCAUUUUAUCCGACAGUUACAAUAGUAACAGUACCUCUCAGCCAAUCAACAUCAGAGAAAGAUGUCAGAUCUGACAACUUGUCGGAUGAAAAUGUUGAUGAAACACUCCCCAGAUGGUCUUUAUUGACUGGUCUGCUUCAGUGGGGAAAGUUAUUCAAGAGAAUCAAAGCUGGUGUAGGAAUUAUUGAAAAAAAAAUUUAACUGCCAUAUUUGAUCAAAUUUGCCCAAAUAAAGGCUUAUAAAAAAAAAUCACUGAAAACCUCUUCUUUGCCAUAGAUAUGCUUUGAUUAAAAAAAAAUCCUUCCUUGAAUGAUAAGUCUAAAUUUUAUGUUUUAUUUUAUCUAAAACUGUAAGUCUUUCUCCUAUAACAGGCUUUGAUAUUAAAAUGUUUUUUUGUCUCUCAAACGCUCUAGUUAAAUGAUUGAAUUCUGUAUUUCAAUAUCCUGUCUGUGUCAGUGGUAAUUCAUAUAAUAAGUCAAUAAUAGUAUAGUUUCUAAAUGUUUGAUUUUUAGAAUUCAAUUAAUGAAAACAGAAUAUUUAUUGUAUGGAGAAGGGGUGGAACAAACCCAAAUUGAUUGUUAUGUGAUGAUGACAAUGUUUUGUUGAAUAUGUGCUUUCAUUUAUUUUUCACUAACAAUGUUUUCUACUCUUGUGUUUUAUAAGUCACUCCAUUGUUUGAUUAUGUUGAUUUAAUUGUAGGAGUAUCUUACUACAGCAGCAGUUUCAUAACAAUUAACAUUAGGGUAUAUGACAUCAGUGUAAUCAUGUCUCAAAAGCAGUAAAUCUCAUUAAAGUGGCCUAGCCUGCCAUUUGUUUCAAUUCCAAAUGUAACUUUUGUGAGACAGAUGUCAUCAGAAAUGAAUGCUUCAUAAUACAAUUUUUACAUUCACAUUCUUGCAUAGGGUACAACAGUUCUUCCAAAAGUUGACUCAAAUCCACUUCAAAGUAUUAAAUGGAAUGGCAUAUUUUCAUAUCUCAUUUCUGCCAAAGUAGAGAGUUACAUGAAUACUGACAAGUACUGGGGAAAAGUAAUAUAUAUAUAUAUAUUUUUUUUUUUUCUGAAUAGGGCUUUUUGUCCUUCAGUUCUUACCAAUUUAUGCAUUGAAUUAAAUUGCAACUUAACAAGAGGUUUUUCUGCAAAUUAUGAGAGCUCUUUGAAAUUUUUUUGACAUUGCUCCAUGCCUUGUGUUCCUUGCUGCCAUUUUAGCUUUCUGCCUCCUCGUCUUUUCAUGUCAUUUAAAUUUUAGCAGCUUCUUGAAUUUCCUUAGGCUCAAUUUUGAUGUAAAAAUCCUUGUGCAAGCUUAAUGACUCUCCUCACCCACAUAAAUAAUAAGUAGAGGUGUUGUGGCUCAGUAGAUCAGUCCCGGACUUUAAACCACAAGGUCCGGGAACCAAAUCCCUCUGCAUGCAGCAAUCGCAUCCUUUUUCGCAAGGCAUUUGUCUGUAUUUGCCACUCUCCGCACAGGUGUAGUAAAUGGGUACCCGGUACGAAGAAAUUCCUUGAAUCCCUGAGCACCUGAUUAGGGUAACCUUGCCAAAGCUGGGGUAGUGGUAUGCAGCACUUAGAAAAAAAAUGGAUAAAGCGCUAUAUAAAUAAUGUAUGUUAUU